CCCGUGGCUCCCUUCGCCCUGGCUUCCUGGCGGCCCUAGGCAGUGUUGGGACGUGAACCAGCGGCAGGAGUCGUCAGAGCUCUGGCCGCCUUCCUCAAAGAGUUGGGGAAGCCGAAAGCCCCUGAGCUGGUGGACACUGUCAAGCUGGGGGGUGGGUGGGGUGCCUAAGGCGAAGCGGGCUUCUGGUCAAGAGAACUGCUUCCGCGCGGAGCUGUGUGCCCGGAGCGGCACCUGUCCCUCCCGGGUGAUGCCGGCAUGGGCUCGAUGACCUGGGUUUGCUGGGGACGACAGCGACACUGCGUCUUGCCCAGCCACUUCAGCCCGGGCUCCAAGCCCUGGCGGGGCUGGAAAUGGUGGAAAAGGACAUCUGAAGGACAGGGAGAGCCAGACAGGAUCGCCGGACAGGUAUAAAGGGCAAUGAACAGGCUGAAAAAUGCUUCUGGUAGCUUGUGAUACUGGCAGUGCAAGAAUGGGCAGAAAACAUGGGAAAUACGUAGUGAAUAUCGAACACUCCGAAAGCCAGCUGUCAUUGAACCAAAGAAACCAUGAAGUUCACAGUUCAUCAUGUCAGUUUCCAACAUCAACUGAUGUAACUGGUGAUGUUGGUACUGAUCUAACUGGGGUCUGUACCAACACGGGGACCCUUGGACACUCAGAAUUUCCAAACAGAGAAUUCCAACAUUGUCAGGUGACACGAAAUUUCUUCAGUGACUGGUCUCUUUGGAGAAUCUUCCUGGCUUGUCUCUUAGCCUGUGCACUAACAACAACCAUCGGAGUACUCAUAGAGUGUCUGGUGUAUAAUAGGAAAAAUAAUAAUGCCUCCAUUACUAUUCAGCUCCCUCAAAACCACGGGACAACUUCAUCUACUAGUUCUGAAACGACAGUACCUAUUACUGUAACACAUUCUACCGCAACAUCUGAUUCCACUACCAUCACUACAACCACUGCUAGCACUUCAACAGAACCAACUAGUACAAAAACUACUGCUUCUGCUGACACUAUAAUAGCAGCAGCCACCACUACAACUUCUACCACUUCUACUGAACAUAAAACAAUAGCAGGAACAAACACUUCGACUAAACCAAAUACCACAAUGACUCCCAGCAAUACCACUGAGGUGAAAACCACAAUAGCCACUACUGUUGCUUCUGCUGAACCUACAACCACAGCAACAGUCACCAAUUCACUUGAACUCCCUACCACAAAGAUUGCCAGCACAACCACUGAGGCUACAACCACCAUGGGCACCACUGCUCCCUCUACAGAACCUACAACCACCACAGCCACCAAUACUCUCUCAAUCGAACCUACAACCACCACAGCAGUCACCACAUCAUCAGUACCAACUCUCACAACAAUUGCUGGCACUACUGCUGAGUCUACAACCACCACAGAUACCACUAUAACUUCUGUGGAACUUAUAACCACUGUGGCCACCACUGUAACUUCUACUGAACCUAAAACUACCAUGGUCACUACUACAACUUCUAUGGAACCUACAACCACAGUGGCCACCAUUACAACCUCUACCGAACCUACAACCACCAUGGCCAUGACUACAACUUCUAGCAAACCCGCAACCACAAUGGCCACCACUCUUGUCUCUACUGAACCUAUAGCUACCACAGCAGCUGCCUCAGCAUCUGAACUGACCACCACAGUAACUGCCAGCACUACCAAUGAGGCUACAAGCACCACAGACACCACUAUAACUUCUGUUGAACCUACAACCACCAUGGCCACCACUUCUGUUUCUACCAAACUUACCACCACAACAGCAGCCACCACAGCGUCUGAACCGACCACCACAAUAACUGCUAGCACUACCCCUGAGUCUACAACCACCACAGAUACCACUAAAACUUCUAUGGAACUUAAAACCACUGCGGCCACCACUGUAACUUCUACUGAACCUAAAACCACCAUGGUCACUACUACAGCUUCUACAGAACCUACCACCACAGUGGCCACCAUUACAACCUCUACCGAACCUACAACCACCACAACCACCACUAUUGUUUCUACUGAACCUAUAACCACCACAGCCACCACCACAACAUCAGAACCCACUACCACAAUAAUUGCCAGCACUACCAAUGAGGCUACAACCACUACAGAUACAACUACAACUUCUACUGAACCUACAACCCCCACAGCCACCACUAUAACUUCUACUGAAGGUACAACCACCAUGGCCACCGCUACAACUUCUACCAAACCUGCAACCACCAGGGCCACCACUAUCACUUCUACCAAAUCUAUAGCCACCUUGGCCACCACUCCAACCUCCAUUGAACCUACAACCACCAUGGCCACCACUUCAUCUGAACCUACAACAACCACUACAGCCACCACUUCAUCAGAACUGACUACCAUAAUAACUUCCAGCACUACCACUGAGGCUAUAACCACUAAAGCCACUACUACAACUUCUGCUGAACCUACAACCAUCACAGCCACCACUAUUUUCUCUACCGAAUUUGCCACCACAACAGCAUCUGAACCAACCACCACAAUAACUGCCAGCACUACCACUGAGGCUACAACUACUGCAGACACCAGCAUAACUUCCACCAACCAAAAACCACCACAGCCACCGCAGCCACCACUAUAACUUCUACUGAACUUACACCCAGCAGGGUCACCAGUAUCAUUUCUACUGAACCUACAACCAGCACUUCAGUCACCACGUCAUCUGAACCUACUGCCACAACCACUGCCAGCACUACCGCUGACACUACAACCAUCAUGACCACCACUUACAACUUCUCCUGAACCUAUAACCACCAUGGCCACCAGUACAACUUCCACCAAACCUACAACCAGCAGGGCCACCACUACCACUUCUUUGGAACCUACAGCCACCACAGCCACCAGGGUAACUUCUACUGAACCAACCACCACCACAGACACAAACAUUGUCUCUACCAAACCUAGAACUCCCAUAGCAGCCACCACAGCAUCUGAACAGACCCCCAGAACUACUGCUAGUGCUACCACUGACUGAGGCUACAGCCACCAUGGCCACCAUGACAACCUCUCCUGAACCUACAACUACCAUGGCCACCACUAGUGCUUCUAUGAGACCUAUAACCACCACAGAGCCACCACUUCAUCUUAACUGACUAACACAACAACUGCCAGCACUACCACUGAGGCUACAGCCACCACAGCCACCACUACUACUUCUCCUGAACCUAGAACCACCACAGCAGCCACCAUUUCAUCUUAACCAACUACUGUGACUACUGUGACACUUGCCAGUAUGACCACUGAUGCUACAAUUACAACAGGUUCUAAUGAACCUACAACCACUACAGUCACCAUUACAAUUUAUACCAGUCUCCUGAACCCACAACCACAGGAAUUGCCCCCACUUCAACUGAACUGCAACUACAAUGAUGAGGAGUACUUCCACGGAGGCUGCGAGCACAACAGCCAGUACUGCUUCCCCUGAACAAGUUCUUUUUUAUUGAAAUAUACACAACUAAUGAAUCAUUGAACAAACUAAUGAUGUACUGUAUGGUGGCUAACUUAACAUAAUAAAAAAGUGAAAUAUGUUGACAGAUAACAUUGUAUCAAUUUAAUAAUCACCAUCAGUUCAUGUUCUAGAUCUCUAGACACUAUGCUCUGCUCCUCAACUGAAUUUACAUUAUUUGUCAUAGCUACCUCCACUUCAGUGACUAAAUCUAGUCUGUCUUCUGACUCAACUAAAAUACUAUCUUCAACCUCCACUGCCACCACCCCAAGUAUAAAUGGCAUAAAUACACAUGCUACCAACUCAGCUGACUUCCCAAUCACAACACCAUAAUGACUUUAGCUGAAUAUAUAAUUCCAAAAUCGACAUUACCUGUUAAUGGAAAGCGCAACCACAAAUUUUAAGUCAUCUACUCUCAUGAUACAGUUAGCAGGCCCCCCACCCCUUCAAAUAAGUCCUUAGCCACAAUAAUAGCAUUACAUUCAUAAAACAUGCCAGCACCACAUCUUCUACUGAAAUUUCAUGAUAGAGAGCCCUGCAUCAGUCAGUCCUACAGUCCAAUACCAUCCCUGUGCACCAUCAUUUCUGCAGUUCCAUUUCUACUCUAUGUACUAAUACAACCGACAGAACUUCAUCAAACCCUUCAGUGUCCUAUCACCUGAAUCUAUAAGCACUAUAAUUUCUUUGGACAUGUUAUUCAAAGUCAUCCAUUACUUAUUCAUCUGAACCAGUUCUGCCUGUGUUGGUAGUAAAUCCAGUAAGUCACACCAUCACUCCCACUUGACAAAAAUGACAAAUUCAUAAUGACCUCUUCUAUGCAACUGUAGUUAGGUGCCUGCAAAUUAAAUCCUAACAUCCACUAUCAUCACCCCACCCCAGAACCUAUAUCUGUUAUUAGUAAUUAAGUGAUUUCAUGGCCAAUGAUUGCCAACAUAUAACAACUACCAAAAUAACCACUUUUAAAACAAGACUUACUUAAUGACUGGUUCAACUAUCAUAAUGAUAAUGAAUUUUACCCCUAAAACAACACUUAGAUUUAAUAUUACCAUUUAUUAGACCUGACCAUUUAAUGUAGAGAGUCUCUCUUUUAUUGAGUUCUUAGUACAAUUUUCAUGCAAAUUUAUGCUGGAAACCUGUUAUGGUUAAAUAAAAAGUUACUAAGUGUGAA